AUGGCAUCGUCCCAGCACCAGCAGCUCCCCCAGGCCAUCAACACCGACCUCGACAAGGUCCUGACCGGCCCGGCCUCCCCGACCACCGAGCACUCGGCCCAGGAGGCGCAGCGCGCUAUGAGCCGCACCGACAGCUGGACGCCCGCCUUCAACCGCCGCCAGAGCUGGAACCAGGAGGAGCACAAGCACGCCCAGCACAUGUCCAAGAUCGACGCCGUCAAGGAGGAGCCCGGCUUCAGCGAGCGCGACUGA